AUGCACGGGAAUUUGCUUUUACCUUCAAAUAACAGUAAACCGAUUUUUGAUGACACUGAUGAAACUGUGCGAUUUGUGAGGGAACAACCACCUGCACAUUGCUUAAUGAAAAUUGACUGUUUCUCAGUGCUUCAAAAUGCAUUCUCCCGACCUAGCGAAAAUCACUUUGACUCAACAGAGUUUAAAGCGGGAGGAUACACAUGGGUGUUGUCCGUGUAUCCCAAUGGAAAUGAGGAAGAAGAUGGAGAAGAUUACCUCUCUCUUUAUGUAAAAAUGGUUGACAAACUCAGUCCUGGCAAAUCUGUUUACGUGGCACUUCGAUUUUUCAUUUAUGAUCAGAUCAGGGACAAUUACCUGACUGUGCUAGGUUCGAACUUUGCUAUAACUUCUUCCAUUGUUUAUGUUAUACGAGACAAGCGAUUUCAGGCUUUGAAGACUACAUGGGGAGUUUCCAAAAUUCUUCCUGUUGAGUCUUUCAAAGAUGCUGCUAACGGAUUUGUACGUAAUGAUUGUUGUGUUCUUGGCGCUGAGGUUUUUGUUGGAGAUGAUGACCAGAUCAAAAUAUCUACUCUGUCUAUUCAAGAGUCAAAAUCCGAGAGGAGCUACAGUUGGAGUAUCCAAAACUUGUCAGAUUUGAAUAAUGAUAAAAUAUUUUCUCCUGUUUUUAGCUUUGGUGUUUGGUCAUGGAAAUUGUUUCUGUAUCCAAGAGGGUGUGGUCGAUCAAAAGGUAAAGACCUCUCGCUGUUUCUGGAGCUCAAUAAUCCUGGUAACCUGAGUCAUGGGAGCAAGCUGUUCACAAAAUACCGGUUUUGCAUAAAGAAUCAAAACAAAGGAGCAGACCACAAGAAAAAAGGAAUUAACUGGUUCUAUUCAGGAGCAGUAGCUUGGGGUUUUACAUCCAUGCUUUCAAUCAGUGAUCUUCACAAUGUAUCAAAAGGCUUCAUACUGAAUGAUACUUUAAUAGUGGAAGUUCGAAUUGAAGUGAUUACAUUGCUGAAUGAUAUGGAGGACAGGAGGAUUAAAUAG